AUGGCAAAGGAAAUGAUGAUAGUCUUUGUCUAUGACACAGAGUGUUGUACAGCUGAAGAGGAUGAUCCAGCUGAUGCGGUGCUCUACUUUCAUCCAGGGUGGGUCUCGGAUACCCAACGGCAUGCUCUGGCCGGGCAGGUGGUCGGAGCCGCACACUGCGUCAAAUCUCUUUUUUCACAACCCUCAGCUAUCACGCUUCAAAGUGGAAAGUUCAUCAUCAGAGAAUAUGGCAGAUAUGUAUUGGCAAUUGGCAGCGACAGAAAUAUUCCAGACUGGGUGCUGAAGAAUCGAGCCAACCUCCUCACUUCCAUGAUCAAGGUGUACCAUGGUGACCUUCAGUCGUUGGCGGUCUCGAUGGAAGACCAGAAGCGACUCGCGGAAAAGCUGUACCAAAUCUUUGAGACGUAUCUGCCCGUGCUGCAGUACGGCUGUCAUAUAUUUCAACGAGUGCCAAUGUUAAGUCUUCCAAAGAGUGCCACAUCAGUAUACAUGGAGUCAAUGCAGAUACUAGAACAAUGUCGGAGGAGCAAGGGCGUUUUGGGAGGUGUCAUUUUGUAUAAUAAUAAGAUAAUUUCUACACAAUUACCACCGAGCCUUACCUCAUACCUCACAGUGGUGGACCCAUAUAGAAUAAAAUCGCCAGCUGAAACCUUAGAGACCAAUACGCCACUUCCCCUCGGGUCACAAGUACUGGUGGUCUACGUGGGGCGCAAGACUUACAACAAUUUGAAGAAGCAAGCAAAUAAACUGCAAGAUUUUGCUAGGAAUGGAGAGGAAAUGAUGAAUAGAUUCAAAAAGACACAAGAGAUGGAACGAGAAAAGGCCCGAGACCUACCACAAUCGGGCAUGAAGCGGGACAAAUCCCUCCUCUUCACAGCUGUCCCAGAAGAGGAUCACACCAUGAUAUCACCUCCAAACAGAGAAGAAAUACCCGGAGAAAAACGCAAACCGAGCAUGCCCGACGUGGUUCCCUUCGCAAACAAACCUAGAUCGCGACCGAACAAACUAUCCCUCAGCUUUAAAACACAAAAAUCCCUCGAUGAAGACUUAAAAGAAAACGAUAAUGUAUUCACAGGACAGACCAGUGUGUGUUCAACGCCAAUGGUCGAGUAUAAACGACUACACGGAAACAUGCUGUCCAUCUGCCAAAACCUCGAAAGCCAAGAGACAGACGUCGAGCCUGACGUGUUGAAGAACAUCGAGAACAAAAUCGACGAGAAACGUGACAAUAAAAACGUCCUAAACACAGAUUGCGUAGCGGAACAUUUUAUAAACAAACCGGAACCUUUAAGGAAGCUCGCCAGCGUCACAGAUCUACAGGACACCUUCAAGAAGAUAUCCAGAAACGGCUCGAAGGUCAUCUUAGAAGAGUUAUCACCCACGGUUCAGAAGAAGAACCAGAACACGAUGACGAUUAACGACCCGUCAUUCCCGGUGUUUAGGAAUGACGGUAUCGCGAUAUCAGAGUCAUUAUUUAACCAGUACUUGGAACAGUAUUAUGCUGGAAUGAAGGACAAGAAAGAGGACAACAUGUUCAAUUUUAAUUUGAAGCUGUGCGAGUUGGAGAAGUUUCAGGAUUUCGACUCAGAAUUGGCGAAAUCUCCGCAAAGGACGCCGAAGAAAAUAGCAAAGGAUUCGACGAAGACUCUAGCCGUCACCGAUCAGUCGAGACGGAAGUCUCUCUCGUUACCGCUCAAAUCUUUAAAUACGGAUCAAACUGAUUCAGAUAUUGGCUUCAAGAAAAAAUUGAGUGGUGUACAAUUAACACCGUUGAUGGAGAAGCUGAGCCACCUUGCGUUUUCGGAUAAGUCAAGCGGGUACAGUAGUAGAGUCAUGACGCCGCUUGAGUUGAGGGAUAUACUGACGCCGGGUUUGGAGAAAUCAAUUAAUUUUAGUGAAAGAUCCAAAAAGGCCCGUCCGGAAUGGGACAGUGAAUCGGAAGAAUACGAAUCAGACCCCGAAAGCGACAUACCGGAAUACAGCGCACACGCAGUCAAAUGUGCGUUGUUCGUUAGCGGUUUACACAAUAUGGCGCUCCUUGCACUAAUGGACGUGGAAGCAGCGAACGAUCCGGACAUAAUCAAUUCUUUGUGGGAAACAUCACUGAACGCCCUGGGACCGAUCGAGCAACAAUGCAUAGACCCCCUGGUAGCGGGGCCAGAAGCAAACGACUAUAGCUACUUGAUGCUGGACCCCGAUUGGGGGACAGUAAAGAAGGGGGGGCCUUGGGCGGCCAUGGAUAUUGCUACUAUGGGACUCAUACAUAACGAGUUUGAAGAAGAUACAGAGGUCUCAGAGUUUAUGUUGAGAAGCGAAGACAGCGUCGUCCUCGGCGUGUCAUGCGGUAAAGCGCAGAUAUUCUACCAAGAGAACGGCCAACGACAAGCCGGACCACCCCCGCCCUCAGACAUUCUAGCCACAGCCCCUCUGAGAGCCAGGAGAAGACUACACAGGGAUCACUCGGCUUUACUUCUCUAA